UCUCAUUCAUACUUACGGAACUUCCUUGCCCCACCUUAUAUUCUGAGCUCUGACUGAUAAUCCUCAUUCAAUACUAUUUCAUUUGUGUUCAUUUAUUUAAAGAACAACAAAAACAGUAAAGGAAAUAUUUUCCAAAUGUCCAGACACAAGCACAGAUACAUAUAUACAUGCACAUAAAUAGAUAACUAUUAUUUUAGAGAGAGAUACUUACAUAUAUUUUAUAUAUACAUUUAUUUGCUGAUCAACAGGCAGUUUUCAUAAAUAUACUGAACAAAUAUAACGGAAUGAAUUCUUUGAAUUUCCCCAUCACUAAGAUACAUCCUGAUUUUUGCCGUGUGCACAAUUGUAAGAGUGAAAACAUGUCAUUCUUUGAUCCAUGUGAUUGCAAUGCUUAUUACCACUGCCAUUCAAAUAACACAACCGAUAGGAGAACAUGUAAUGUUACAACGGGAUUUUUGAAAGAAGGCGACAUGAUAAAAUAUGUCAAAUGUGUCUACGUUGCGGAAAUGAACGUCGGGAACCUCAAGGUAUGUGAAAAGGAGAGCCCUUGGUCAUUGUGCAAUGUCAGUAAAAAAUUUAAGAAAAAAAAAUGCAGGAAAAUAUGGCCAGAAAACAAGUCAGAAUGGAACUCAAAUAAAAUUGACAGAUUUCUGAAUAAAACAGUGGAGAAAAAUGAUGAAAACAUAGGAAGUGGAGCUGGAAAUCUAUCUCCUACUUUAUUCAUGCCUAUUCUUAUUAGUAUUUUGGUUUUACUGCUUCUUAUGCUCUGUAUCACUCUGGUGUUAUUCAUAAAAAAAUGCAAAAAAAAUUGGUCAAAUUCUAGUGGUGUUCCUAGACCUGAAAAUCCUGACAAAAAUAUUGCAUUAGCUGAACCAGUUCAAUAUGAAGAAAUUAAAAUUGAUUUUCCGAGAAAAUGUUCCAUUGAUAUGCUAAGGCGGCCCCUACCUGACUUUCCAAAAGAAAGGGAUUCUACGGAAGUAAGAUACCAAAGAAUUCUCUCAGUUUUCCAGAAAGAUGACCCAGGGAAGAAAAAUGGCCUUAACACUGGCAAUAAUUUGGCAUCAGAGAAUACAAAUAGUAUUUAUAUUCCUGAAGAAGGGCAGUAUAAUAUUGUAGAUGCCGAAAAUAAUGCAGAAUGUAAAGACAAGUGUCAAGUGCCAGACUGAUAUUUAACUUCCAUGUUUACAUUUACCGAAUGUUUGCUACAGAUCAAGGACUUUCAACUAAAUAGACAUUUCAACAUGAAAAAUCAUGCCUAAUGUGGAAGAAUUUAUAUUUCUUGCCUUGAUCUAGUCUAUCCCUUCUUUUAUUACAGAUACAUAUAUACACAUACAUAGGAGAUAGGGGUACGUUACGCCGCAAUAAUAUAUGUAUAAAAUUAAAUAUAAAAUAUAAAUUACAAAGUGGGACAAGAACGCAAAAACACACAAAG